UGUGCAGCUCUAGUGCGACGUAAAUUAACAACAACAACAACAAUCAAACAUGGUAGAAACUUAAACACGCCAAGAUAAUAUUUAAUUAUUUUAACCCUCGAAUCUGUAACGUUUACUUCAUACAUUUAUCUAAAAGUAACCAAUUAGCUGAUAGAAUAAUCUGAAGAUUUUGUGAUUGAAUUUACAAAGAUUUUUGUAUUUUACAGAAAUAUAGAGGGAGCUAGAAGAAGAGUUUAAACUUGUCUGUAACUGCAACAUGGAAGUGAUCAACGAACGUGCGGCUUUGUUGUCAAAUGCUGAAGUUUUUAGCCUUCUUGAAACAUUAAAAUCUGAUUUAAAAGAAUCAAAAUAUUCGCAGCGACUCAAUAAAAAUGAGAAAGAAAAGGGGAAAGAGCGAUUAAAUACAAUAGUUUAUGAGACUUUUAAAUACCUAGAAGAAAUGCCCUGUGCUUCACAAUCAGAAGAGUCGAUCAAAAACUUUUUGAUUGCUAUUGCUCCUUAUGAACUAACCAAAGCUGAAAAACUGCAGUUACUAAAUCUUCAGCCUAAAAGUCUAGUGGAAAUCCAAUUACUGAUUGAAGAGUGUGAAGAACGAUUUACGGAAGAUCAGAUGAAUGAUAUCUUGAAUGUUGUUGCAGAAACACUUUCAUCUAGUACAGAAAAUGAAGAAGGCAGUUAUGAAGAGAAUUAAAUGUUAGUUUGUUUUGGACGAUUAAACUUUUUUUU